CAUAAAUAUACAUGGAUGUUUCAUUUUGCAGAUGUUGUACCAACUGCUGAUCCAACUGUUGCUUUUAAGGAUGUCGCUGCUGCAUUCCUUGUUGGAGCAAUGCCCCGAAAAGAGGGAAUGGAGCGCAAAGAUUUGUUAGCUGCUAAUGUAGAAAUAUUCAAAGUCCAAGGGGAGGCUUUGGAUAAAUUUGCCAAGAAAGAUGUUAAGGUGUUGGUGGUUGGAAAUCCUGCCAAUACAAAUGCAUUGAUUUGCUCUCACUAUGCGCCAUCCAUACCAAAAGAAAACUUUACUGCCAUGACCAGACUGGACCAAAAUCGUGCUCAAGCAGCCUUAGCAGCACGAUUGGGUGUGCAGGUUGACAAAGUGAAAAAAGUCAUUAUCUGGGGUAAUCAUAGUUCGACUCAAUAUCCUGAUGCUGCGCAUGCAACUUUAGCUGGUGCAAGUGGCAAUAAUUCGGUAGCCUCUGCUGUGAAUGACGAACAAUGGUUGAACACUACUUUCGUAGAGACAAUACAGAAACGCGGUGCAGCUGUGAUUGCUGCGAGAAAAAUGUCAUCUGCGAUGUCAGCUGCGAAAGCGGCCGGUGAUCAUAUGAGAGAUUGGUGGAUGGGUACCAAUCCAGGAGAAUGGGUUAGCAUGGGUGUCCUGUCUGAUGGAAGUUAUGGAAUUCCAAAGGAUAUUGUAUUCUCCUUCCCAGUAACCAUACAAAAUAAGCAAUACAAAAUCGUCCAAGGACUUCCAAUCAGUGAUUAUGCAAGAGCCAAGUUAAAUGUUACUGCUAAAGAGUUGGAAGAAGAACGCGCAGAAGCGAAUACUGUUUUACAAAAAAAGUGACUAGGAUCGCAACAACGUAAUUAUGAAGACCCUAUACCCCGUUCAGCAAAAUUGUAAAGACUAAAUUUUUGUUCAUGGUAUAUGUAAUGUGAUGCGACACCAUGGUCCUAAAAAGCCUUCAAAAAGGACACCAAUGGAACCGUGUAAAUUAUAUUAGCGGUAUUACGUAGUUCGUACAUUAUACGGGACAUAGUGAUAUGCAUAUCUUUUCUAAAGGGCAAUGGAAUUGUUAAACACAUACGUUUAUAUUCAUAGACUGUAUAAAACAUGUAACAAAUUACGUUGAAGAACAUGUUAUACUUUAUAACGUU